UUGAAUGAAAGAGGAGUGACAACUUGAGAGAGAUGACCGUGCUCUCUCUUGUAUAUAAGCGGGUGGGCUUUCAGAAGGUGUAGAUCUUUCGGAAACACUUUCGAACCUAGCACUUUCCGCUGCCUCCGCAUCAUGAACACGCUUGCCGUAGCACUCCUGUUCGCCCUGGCCGCUGCCGCCCAGGCCGGCUACUUCGGAGCUGCCCCAGCUUACGUUGCUGCUCCUUAUGCCCACUACGCCCCAGCUCCCGUGUUUGCCGCCCCUUUUGUGCACAAGGUGGCUGCACCUGUGGUUGCUGCUCCUGCUGUGGUAGCCGCCCCCGUUGUAGCUAAGGUGCCUACCGCCGUCAGCUACUCCUACUUCCACCAAUCGCACCACGUCCCCGUUGUGGCGAAGCUGGCUGCUCCUGUCUACUUCAAGGCUCCUUUGGUCCAUGCCUACCACGGAUGAAAAAACUCGCAAUGUCAUUGAAAAGGGCAAAAGAAUGACAUCGUCCCGCCACAUGGAGGCAAAGAAAUGAGGAACAUCACCGCAUAUGGCGAAGGCAUUUUAUGUAAGAGAUAAAUAUGUGCAAAUAAAAUACGUACAACGCAGA